UAUAUGCGUCGGGGACGCAGGGAGUCCGUUUCUCUCUCUAAAAGACUGAAGAGUUUGCCCGGCCAUGAAGGCGCCGGAUAAAGCAGUAGCUGCCAUGGUUUUAUCAAAUGCCUCUGCUACCUGUUCCAUUCUCUCUCUAGCUUCUCUCACCCUACUCUCUUUCCUCUUUCUCUCUCUAAGAUCCCUCCACUCUCCUCUCCAAUACGCCCCUGAUCUACAACCAAAGAUCACUCAGGUUCCUGUUCAGCGUCACCAGGACCCUCUCCCAAAUUCCUCUCAGGUCGUUUCAGAUGAGGAUCUUGCUCCUGUGUACCACUCGCCAGAGGUUUUUAGAAGGAAUUAUAUGGAAAUGGAGGAGAAAUUCAAGGUUUAUAUAUAUGAAGAUGGAGACCCUAACACUUAUUACCAGACACCGAGAAAGCUUACGGGGAAGUAUGCAAGCGAGGGUUGCUUUUUUCAGAAUAUCAGAGAGAGUAGGUUUCGUACGAUGAAUGCUGAUGAAGCUCAUCUCUUCUUCAUCCCGAUCUCUUGCCAUAAGAUCAGAGGAAAGGGCAUUUCUUACGCGAACAUGACUGUAAUUGUCAAGGACUAUGUUGAAGGUUUGAUAUUGAAGUACCCUUACUGGAAUAGGACUUUGGGUGCUGAUCACUUCUUUGUCACCUGUCAUGAUGUUGGUGUGAGAUCAACAGAAGGGCUUUCACAUCUUGUCAAGAACAGCAUUCGAGUUGUAUGCUCCCCAAGUUAUGAUGUUGGAUACAUACCGCACAAGGAUGUUGCUCUUCCUCAAGUACUCCAGCCAUUUGCUCUUCCAGCUGGGGGAAAUGACAUAGAGAACAGGACAAUACUUGGCUUUUGGGCUGGCCACCGUAACUCUCGAAUAAGAGUUAUCCUCGCACGUGUCUGGGAGAAUGAUACAGAGCUUGCAAUCAGCAAUAAUCGCAUAAGUAGGGCUAUUGGUGAGCUGGUUUAUCAAAAGCAAUUCUAUAGGACCAAAUUCUGCAUAUGUCCAGGCGGUUCCCAGGUUAAUAGUGCACGAAUUGCAGACUCAAUCCAUUAUGGUUGUGUGCCUGUAAUUUUAUCUGAUUACUAUGACCUUCCGUUCAAUGAUAUUCUUGAUUGGCGAAAAUUUUCCCUCAUACUCAAGGAACGUGACGUGUAUCAACUUAAGUCUAUUCUGAAGUCGAUAUCAGAUGAAGAGUUUAUUGCCUUGCAUAUGAACUUAGUUCAGAUCCAAAAACACUUUGAAUGGCACUCUCCACCAAUCAAAUAUGAUGCAUUCCACAUGGUUAUGUACGAUCUCUGGCUUAGGCAUCAUGUGAUCCAAUACUGAGCAAAGCUUUGUUACUGUGCUGCGAUGGUAUACGCUAACCCGAGCAAGUUUAUGUAAAAAUACACGAUUCUUUGUGUUCUCUUUGAUCUUUUAUUUUAGUUGAUUUUUGAAAUUUUGUUUUAUUUUUUCUUCUCUUUUUCCUUUCUUGUAUGGAUUCUUGAAGGAAAUUGUAAUGUUACAGUGAGGGGAAAACCCAACAUCUUCUUGUAGUUAGGUGAAUUCCUGACAGAUGGCUGACCAUCACUGAUUGCUGCUUCUUGUUUACCAACCUAUGAUUUGAACUUGCUUUCUAUGUAGCGGUCUGAUCUCUC